AGCCACAUUAGCUUCUCGGAGCCAGCAGCCGCAGUUCCCGCAGACAUGUCGUCUUCCUCGGUCCCGGACGGAAAGAAGCUGGUCCGGAGCCCGAGCGGCCUUCGCAUGGUCCCGGAGAGCGGCGCCUUCCACAGCCCCUUCAGCCUGGAGGAGCCGCAGUGGGUCCCGGACAAAGAGUGUUCCAGAUGUAUGCAGUGUGACACCAAGUUCGACUUCAUCAGGAGAAAGCACCACUGCCGUCGCUGCGGCCGGUGUUUCUGCGAUAAGUGUUGCAGUAAAAAGCUUCCCCUGCCGCGCAUGUGCUUCGUGGACCCGGUGAGACAGUGUUCCGCCUGCAGCCUUGCGUCGCAGAGAGAGGCCGAGUUCUACGAAAAACAGCUCAAAGUGCUGCUCGGAGGAGGAACAUUCAUUGUGACUUUGGGAACUUCAGACAAAACAGAAACUAUGACAUGUCGCCUUUCAAACAACCACAGAUACCUGUUUCUGGAUGGAGAGAGUCACUUCGAGGUGGAGCUGACUCGUAUCUCCAGUAUCCAGGUGCUCACAGAAGGCUCCAGUCCAGGAGAGGAGGAGGUUCACACUUACACCAGUUUGAUGGAGAGUCAGUGUCUUUACGAAGGAGCAGGGGCCAGGGCCAGUGGUCUCCUGGUGCAGUACAAACCCAUGGGCUCUCAGGACUCUCAGACGCUCAGACUGGACACGGCUCCUGACCACAAGGGGGCAGCACAGUGGCUCGCUGCUAUGCACAAGGCGGCAAAGUUGUUGUACGAAUCUCGUGACUAGUGACUCUCAGUGGCCUCGUCUCACCCAAGUGUUCCCUUCAACGUUGCCAAUAUUAGAUGAAGAUUCUUACAGUAUUCUCUUAUAUCACAUUUUUACAUUUAUGAACUGUUCAAACUGCCAUUCCUCACAAACUGCCCAUUUUUACUCAUCUAAAUGUACUUUAUUUUUCUGGUUAAAAAUCAUAGAAUUUUGGACUUGACGUUUACAAAAGGUAAAAUCGUGUUUAGUUAAAAUCACUUGAAUUCAGAAUAUUAUAACUUUCUGUCUCUUCUGUUUGGACGUUUUCAGUUCUGUUUACCUUUAAAGCUGCACUAUGUAACUUUUCUGGUGCUGGAUCUGUUGUCUGCUCAUCUCCGUGGAGAUGUUUAUGUUUCACAGUCUGGCAUUUCAUUUUUAUUGUUAAUUUCUGGUGUUAUUAUAUUGCUCAAAGUACUUUAACGAACAUUUCGUUUUUACUGUGAGUGGGAUCGCCUCUGCGCAGAUCUGACCUGUAACUUGACCUGAUUGUGUGACUAUAGCGUGGAUGAGUUUAUUGCCAUACUGUGGAACAUUCUAGCAAAGCAAUAACAUCUCUUUGGUCAAAAUCAGAUGCAGAGUCGGCGUCAGAGCACAUCUACUGGAGGGUCGUGGGUCAGCAGCAGGGGGGGCACUGCCAUUUGAGAAAUAUUUUCAUACAAAGCAAAAAAUCAACUAUCAAACACGUUUUUCUUUAACAGUAUAAGGCUAAUUAUGUGUUGUUGUUGUUAUCAUUAUUAUGAUUAUUAUUAUUAUUAGCUGCAAUAGUUGUUGAGGUUGUGUGGUAGACAAUACGCACACAAGACAAUAAUAAAAGGUUGAGAUUUAUUAAAAAACAAUAAGGCCUGCCACUGGUUGUAAACAUUAAACAACAGCCUCUCGUCAAAAACACCUGAACAACAUCAUUGAAAGAAGCAAUCGGGUAAGAAAGAGCCACACAUCGGGCAGCACCAGGGCUGUAGUGAGCGUGGUACACGAGGGUACACCGUCCACACACUUCUCCUGAUGUGAGAUAUAUAAAAAAUAAAAAUAAAAAAAUGGUGGUAUAAUUUUUGGGAGGGGCACAAAGGCCAAAAUUAUAAAUAUAUAUUGUGAAUAUUUUGGUUACUAUUGGUUGAACUAUAUCUGUCAGAGCACAAUGAACAGCCAAGCACAAACUUUACGCAAUAACACAAUGUAACACGGUGCUCACACCCAGACACAACAACGUCAACAAAACUACAAUAAGAGGCCACGAUCACAACAUGAACAUAGAUGCCGCUCCUACAGCACACGACAGAACAACCAGAGCAGCUCCAUCACACACCAGCUCAUUUACGCACUAUUAACACUAUAACACUCUUUACCUGUGAGGCUCCAUGAGCAGAGUGUUUCCUCUGUCCACUGUCCCGCUGGUUCUGUCUCCUAAAGUCUAUUGUCCAAUAUGAAGAGAUGAAACUGGUCCAAUCCUGGUCCAGUCAGGUCCGUGACACAGGUCCGGGAGCCGAAUGCACGAGCUGGUUGUAAAACUAAAACUUAAUCCCGCUUGCUACUUAAAUCUGAAAGUUACACCAGUCCAUAUUAGCACUGAGACACCAGGUAGACUUCUGCCUCUGCGCUACGGUCAAACUUUUACACCCAGAAACGAGCGGGCAAAGGCGGAUAGACUUUAUCCUCUGCCUGGCCCAGCGGCGGCAGCGAGAGCUCCGGCCCGGUGGCAACUGACCCAGCCCCGGCAGCGAUUGUCUCCUGUCCCGGCGGCGAAUGUCCCGGCCCCAGCAGCGGUAGCGACAGUCCCGGUCCCGGCGGCGGGUCUGUCAGUGUCUUUGACUCUGUUCUCGCCAUUUCCUGUGUGGAGCUUUAGGCUAAAGUAGCAGCUGCCGCUAAUCGUGAAGCAGCUACAAGUUGACGCAGCAGGUUGACGUGACGUGAGUGACAGGACAGUUGUCCAAUCACACUGCACUAAAUAAACAGACUGUGAUGUCAUUGGUCUGGGCGCUAAAGUUUGUGCCCUCAGCCCAAAGUGAAAUGUGCCAAUCAAAAUCAUUUUUAAAUAGUCAUAAUAACGGCCUGUGCUGGGGGGUGGGGCAGCAGUGGCCGCUAGGAGGGGCACGACCCUCAAAUACCUUGCCGCCGACACCGAUCAGAUGACGAAAAUCCAAAAAUCAGCAGAUAUUAUAAUCACAUUCAGUGUUCUUGGCCUUUUUUCUGAAUUCAAGUGAUUUUAUUUCUUGUAUAAAUUGUUCCGUUAGAAUUUUUUUGCAGUUUAUAAAGUUGGUCUUCCAGGUUUGAUUUUUUUGACUGCAGUGGAUCUCGUGCCAUAACUUUAUUUACAAAACUUCCAGUGUCUACAUUUGGAUAAUGCAUUCUUCCUCCACAGACCUGACACUAGCUCUGCUCUGUGUACUUUGUGUACUCUGCUUUACUUUAUACACAUGUUUGAGAAGUUUUCAGUUGACGUGGUUCAUAACAGAAGUUUAUUUGUCUGAAUGUCGUCUCUUAAUGUUUACUGCCAAAAUAAAUCCACAUUUUUUUAGCUUCCAUUGAUCAGAUUUAAGUGUUGUAGAUUCUGGAUUUGGAGGAGCAGACGGGACCAGUGUUCCAGACCUGGUUUAGACCUGGUUUAGACCUGGUUUAGUCCUGGUUUAGUCCUGGUUUAGACCUGGUUUAGACCUGGUUUAGACUUUAUAUAGAUCUGGUUUGACCUGCUUUAGUCCUGGUUUAGUCCUUGUGUAGACCCGGUUUAUACCUGAUUUAGACCUGCUUUAGACUUUGUAUAGACCUGGUUUAGACGAGGUUUAGUCCUGGUUUCAUCCUCAUUUCAUCCUGGUUUAGUCCUGGUUUAGACCUGGUUUCGUCCUGGUUUAGACCUUGUGUAGACCUGGUUUAGUCCUGGUUUGAUGAUUUAUUCAAGUGUUAGAUAUGGUUUACUACUGGUUUAGAUCAGGUUAGCACUGGUUUAGUCCUGGUUCAGUCCUCUUUUAAACAGAGUUUAGUUCUUGGUGGGACCUGAUCUAGUCCUAGUUUAGUUCUGGUUCAGUCCUGGUUUACUAGUUUAAUCUAGUUUUAAAAUAUGGUUUACAACUGGGUUAGUCCUAAUUUAGUUCUUGUUUGGACCUAAUCUAAUCCUGGUUUAGUCCUGAUUUAACCCUAGUUUAUGUUUGGUUUAGUCCUGGUUUAGUCCUGGUUCAGUCCUGAUUUAGUCCUGGUUUAGUCUGCCUCUCCAAACCUGAACUUUACUCCCAUCUUAAUUCUUUUUCUGAUCUCAGUAUUAUCUUUAUGUACAUGAAUCUUUCUGUAAACCUGCUUUAAUAGUUCCUACAUGUAUCACCAUUUUGUACUGAGUAUUUUGCCAAACACAGUAAUAACCUUUAAAAGUUUAAUUUUGAAGUUUAUAUUUCACUUUUGUGUAUUUUGUUGUUAUUGUUGACUGUUAUUCAUUAUGUUUUGAAAUUGUAAUUAUAGAAAUAUUUGUUCUUCCAAAGUGAAAUUUUCUAACUAAAUCUUGUAAUUUAUAACAGAUUAAACUAUAAUGUAAAUGAGUUGGUGCCAAUAUGAUCUUAAAGCUGCACUGUGCUACUUUUCUGGUGGAGGGUCCAUCAAAUGCUCUUCACCAUGGAGAUGUUAUUGCCUGUCAUUGUCUGGAAUGUUUCACAGUAUGGCAUUAAACCUUUCUGUCUUCAUGGAGACCAGAUCUGUGGAGAGGUGACCCCACUCACAGUCAGAAUAUUUGUUAAUUUUAGUGUUUUUGAGCUUUAAAAACACUUGUAACUGAAUAAAUAUAAAGUAGAGCUGUUUAAUGCCAUGGCAUGAGGCCCUAUAUGUCCAAAAUCCCAAACUGUCCCUUUAAUGUGAUACUGUGGAACAUUCCUGGCAGAGCAGUGACAUCUCCAUAGAAACAAGCAGGUGAUGGACCCCCAGCCAAAAAGUUACGCAGUGCACCUUUAACAUGAGACUUCUGAAAAGAAACUCAAAUUAGAUGCAAUUUAUUUAAACCUUUUCAAAAUAAAUGUUUGUCCAAAAACAUGUCAAUAAUUUAGUUUAAUUAUUGACAUGUUUUAAUGACAAUACAUAUUUCUGUUUUUGUUUUAUUAUUAUUCAGUUAUAUUCAGAGGUACAAGUGAUGAUAAGAUUUGAAAACCAGGUUAAAAACGGUGACCCAGAACUAUUUUGAAAUUUGGGGAAAGUGUCCUCUUGUUUUUAUGAAGUUAAUGAUUUAAACUUGUCGUGUCUGUUUUAAAUGUAUUUGUAGCUGCACUUUAUCCUGUCACCUGUCACGCACCUGUCGCUCACCUGUCACUUACCUGUUCUUCCAUUAAAAUCUGUUUGUACCAAA